GCGCGACGUCCCGUCGCCGGCGCUCCCGGGGACCCCGCCGCCGGCAGGAGGGGGCGGAGGAGGGUGGAGACUGCGGGGCUGGGCCAAGGAAGGCGCACAUCCUCGGGCGGGCGGCCGUGACGCGGCGGGGAUGAACUUUGCAUGAAUAAUGUGAGUGCGCCGGGCGAGGAGACCUUCUGCUCCCCGGGCUCGGGGCGAGCGCCCGCCGCCGCCUUCCCCGGGCAGGGGCGCGCCACCCAUAGCGGCUCCAGGACACCGGCAAUUUGGCGAGAGGACCGCGCGCGCGGAGGCCGGGAUCUGCGGUUUCCCCCCCAUUGGCCGUCCUGCGUGGGUGCCAAGUUCCACAUGUGAUUUCAUGGAUCAGAAGGAGAUGUCAGUGAAAAAAGGGGUCCAGAAUGAUUACUAACCUAUGACUCCCAACAGUAUGACAGUGCAGGAUGGCAUGGGCGCCAGGAAAAUGAUGAGGACAAUAUGCCUCUGAACCAGGAAGAAAAUGGCCUUCCAGCCUGGGACAAACCGAAGCACUGUCCAGACCACGAACACGACUGGAAGCUAGUAGGAAUGUCUGAAGCCUGCCUCCAUAGGAAGAGCCAUUCGGAGAGGCACAGCACAUUGAAAAAUGAACAAACAUCGCCACAUCUCAUCCAGACCACUUGGACUAGCUCCAUAUUCCAUCUGGACCAUGACGAUGUGAAUGAUCAGAGUGUCCCAAGUGCCCAGACCUUUCAAACGGAAGAGAAGAAAUGUAAAGGGUACAUCCCCAGUUACUUAGACAAGGACGAGCUAUGUGUGGUGUGCGGGGACAAGGCCACGGGCUAUCACUACCGCUGCAUCACCUGUGAAGGCUGCAAGGGUUUCUUUAGAAGAACCAUUCAGAAAAAUCUCCAUCCAUCCUAUUCCUGUAAAUAUGAAGGAAAAUGUGUCAUAGACAAAGUUACACGAAACCAGUGCCAGGAAUGUCGCUUUAAAAAAUGCAUCUAUGUUGGCAUGGCAACAGAUUUGGUACUGGAUGACAGCAAGCGGCUGGCAAAGCGGAAGCUGAUUGAGGAGAACCGGGAGAAGAGACGGCGGGAGGAGCUGCAGAAAUCCAUCGGGCACAAGCCGGAGCCCACCGACGAGGAGUGGGAGCUCAUCAAAACCGUCACCGAAGCCCACGUGGCCACCAAUGCCCAAGGCAGCCACUGGAAGCAGAAGCGGAAAUUCCUGCCAGAAGAUAUUGGACAAGCACCAAUAGUAAAUGCCCCAGAAGGUGGAAAGGUUGACUUGGAAGCCUUCAGCCAUUUUACAAAAAUCAUCACACCAGCAAUUACCAGAGUGGUGGAUUUUGCCAAAAAGUUGCCUAUGUUUUGUGAGCUGCCAUGUGAAGACCAGAUAAUCCUCCUCAAAGGCUGCUGCAUGGAGAUCAUGUCCCUUCGCGCUGCUGUGCGCUAUGACCCAGAAAGUGAGACUUUAACCCUGAACGGGGAGAUGGCAGUGACACGGGGCCAGCUGAAAAAUGGGGGUCUUGGGGUGGUGUCGGAUGCCAUCUUUGACCUGGGCAUGUCGCUGUCUUCUUUCAACCUGGAUGACACUGAAGUAGCUCUCCUUCAGGCGGUCCUGCUGAUGUCUUCAGAUCGCCCAGGGCUCGCCUGCGUUGAGAGAAUAGAAAAAUACCAAGAUAGUUUCCUGCUGGCCUUUGAACACUAUAUCAAUUACCGAAAACACCACGUGACACACUUUUGGCCAAAACUCCUGAUGAAGGUGACAGACCUGCGGAUGAUUGGAGCCUGCCAUGCCAGCCGCUUCCUGCACAUGAAGGUGGAAUGCCCCACGGAACUCUUUCCCCCGUUGUUCUUGGAAGUGUUUGAGGAUUAGACUGGCUGACUUCCUUCUCAUAAUUCCUACAGCACUACUGGGUGUCAUUUCAUUCCAUUGCCUAGAUCUUUUUUGUUUGUUCCUUUGUUUCUUUGUGUUGGGAGGGAUUGUAAAGGGAGCUAGUCCUUGGCGUAGACAUGGAUGAAAUUGCCCCUUGAAUGCGGGUACUUGCAACUAUUGCAUUUUGUUCUCCAGUCCUUUGAUGUGAAUGCUUUGAUGUUUUUACAGCUAGGGAGGUGGGGUGGGGACCAUCAUUAAUUCACCAGCACCAAGCCACCACCAGCUCCCAUCUGUCCCUGGUCAGAGACUCAAGCAAGCAAAAUGGCACAGCAGAAGACUAAAGAAGCCUUAAAGCCAAGAUCAUGUGUUCGUCUUGAUCCAAUUCGGAUUUUUACAGGACUCAAGUUAGCAGGACGCAGACCAUCUUUGGUUAGAUGUGGCUUCCAGCUUUCUAAGGAAAGGUCUGGACAAGUUUUGUUUAUUCUAAAGCAUGCUGGCUUCAGCACUCUUCAUUCUCUCCUGGAAGCCUAACUUGGAAUGUAUAGAAAUAUUUGUUCCCCAAAAUCAGCUGUUCUUUCACUGGAAUUUUUAUAAUCUUAUGAUUUAAUUCAAGUUAUUCAAGGCAUGACUCAAAGCCAUGCAGGUACUUGACUGAUUGAGACCAACAUGGAAAAUCAUUUUCUUCAGCCAGCUCAAAGAAAUCAGAAAUGUUUGUCAGUGACUCAAGAGUUUCCAAAAAUUCACAUAUUAUUACCUCAUAGUAGGAAGGCUUCUUUACAGUUAAGGCUCAGAGAACGUUUCCAUAGAAAUUAGGCCUCUUUACAGUUGUCAUUUUUCAAUGACAUCUAAUCCAUUCUUUCUCAAACUCCUAAAGUUAUUAAUCCUGAUUGCAUCUUUGCUGUGCUGACAACAGAUUUCCCUAUGGAUUACAUAUUCUAAUCAAGGAGAGAUAAUGAGCUGAAAAUGGAGUCUUGUGGAGGAAUUUUGAGGAGAGACUAGUGCAGUUACAUUCCAAGUUGAAGGAAGCACAGUGAUCUGAGAGCACUCUUCAUGGACUGAUGAUUUGAGGAUGCUCCUUCUAGUCUUGAAUCCUCAAGCUCUUUGCUCUACUCACAAAAAUGUCUCCUAGCCUUUUCCCUCUGACUCUGUGGCUUGACUAUCUCUAAACAAACACUGGUCUAGCCACUGACGCUCUCUGUCCCUGUUAAAGAAUUGUCCUAAGGGAUAUUCAACAGAAAAUGCCCACAGAUCAUGUACAGGAACCCUCACUCACCUUCCCCACCUAUCUCACCUCCCUGAUAACUAACAUUGGAGUAGCUUGUACCCAGAAAACAAAUGGUGACAUUGCCUCAUCACUUCAGCGUCAGAAGGUGGGCAAAGAAUGUACCCAUGCAAUUGAAUGUAUCUCAUUCUUCACUGGCAUAGUAGACAAACACUAUUUUUUAGCCUGCCUUGUACUGCCUUAUCCUAGAAAUCCUGGGGACAAUAAGCCAUAUCAGUGAGAUUUACCUAAAAACAAAGGAAUGAAAGUCACUGUGAAAACCAAGUCAGAUCUUUUUUUUUUUUUUUUUUUUUUAACUGGCCCAGAAGUCAGGGUGUCAGAGUUCUAAUUUGUGCUCUGUCAACUGACAGAUUUGUGACCUUGUUAGAUUUGGGUCUUGGUUUUCUCACCUUGGGUCCUGAUGAAUAAGUCAUAAACUCUAAAUUCCUUCGAAUCCUUAAUACUCUACUAAUUUCAGGGGAGAAAAAUCUGGGUCUUUUGAUAGUUUCCUUCAUAUUCAAAUUUCUACCUUAAUUAGACAAAAAUUAUGGCCCUCCUAACAGAUACAGAAAUAUUUGGUCUUGAUUCAAAAUAAGAAUUUGACACACUACUUGUCAACUAUGUAGAGAAAGGCAGGACGGCCCUGGAAACACAAGAGGAACAGCAUUGAAUAUCCCAAGAGUGACUGGAAAUAAUCUGAGAGGAAAUGUGUAUGUUUAAUGCACUAGAGCAAUUUCACUGGCUUCUAGAGGAAGGAAACCAGAACAUCUGUGGAACUUGCUAACCAUGUUUACACUUUCAUUCUAGGUGAAGAGAAUGAAAGUGUAAACGUGAAGGUCUUGGGCAGACUACCUACUUUGACUUUAUCUACAGAAAGUAAGGUUUAGUUCUCUCUGGACAGCCUCUAGCCAGACUCCUUAAGUUUUUGCUUUAUUAACAUCUCAGCUCCCUCUGUUGACUCUGAAACAUAACCCCUUAGUCACCUUCUAGCUCCAGGGUUAACUGAGCUUUGUGGCGUGGGGCAGAUUUCCCUGAGAAGGCACUGAGAGGGAGGCAAGCAGGUGGGGUAGGGGAAGGUUCACAGACUCUGUGGGCAUCAAGCCUUCCAGGGAAGUUCUCCUCAAUCUGUUGGACAGAGAUUCCCCCACAUAUUAGACACACCCAGAUUCAAAUAUAAGUACAGAGCCUGAUCUCAAGCGAAAUUGGAAUGCUUUGUGGAUUAACCAUGAUUAGACAUUGGCCAAUGACACAGUAUAUCUACGGUAAUCCAGACAGCCCCAAGUACAUUUAUGUUUGAUCCUCAGCCUCUUAAAUGAUUGCCUUAAACAGGCAAACCACUGAUCUAGUACUCUUGUUUAUGCUAAGGGUGACAAGCCUUAAGGCACUUCAGGUAGAAAGGAAAGGCUAUGAGAACUCCAAGGAUCAUGACCCUACUGGUCAAAGUAGCUCGUUUCUUCUGUAACUGAUUGAGGAACUUCAUGCAUCUCAAGACUCCCAUCUCAUAAAACUCAAUUAGGAGGGAUUUGCUCUGGAUUUUUUUUAAAACACUUUUUUAUACAGUCCAGACUGUCGAAUCAAGUGUGAACCUGAUCAAAACCCCUCACAGUGGGGAGACAGCCCAGUAGGGGAGGCCACCGUACAACUGGGAUUCUUAUUUAUAAAUCACUUAACUUUGGGGGAUGAGUGAGGUGUGUGGGUAUGUGUGUGUGUAUAUGUAUAUGUGUGUGUGUGUAUGUGUGUGUGUGUGUUACCUUCAAGUGUACUUUGCUCUUCAACUUAGCUGUGCAGUAUUUCCAGAAAUAGUGAGAAAAGUUAAGAUCUUUUCCUCUUUAUGAUUCUGCUCAACACACCAUGUGCCACCUCAGAGCUUUUUCUAGUCAGAUGAGCCUCUGUCUUCAAUGACGCGCUUUGCCGUGUUGAUGCCUCAGCCCAGCGCCGUGUCCCUCACCUGGGACCCAGUGACACCUCUUCGGUCUGCAGCGCUGUCAUCGGGGUGGACCACCAGGCUUGGCUCUGCUCCAGCAACGCCAUUCUUGCGGCCCUUCCCUGAACAGGUGUGCAGGCCUUGGCCCCUCCUCAACACUAAACCCCCACCCCCACCCCAGACUCAGCCUCCACAGAACUGCUGAGCGCCCUCCUGGCAUGUCAUCUUCGUCGGUGAUAUAUUCUUAUUCUGUGGAACUCUAACCUGUCCGUGUCAUAUUGACCUUUUGCUGCAUGAGUCAUAAAUUAUGAAAUCAGUCUGAUGGUUUUUGAAAUGUAGCCAGCAUUUGUAAGGCUAAACCUUUUUCAUCAACUGAAUUUAAGUGAGUCACCAAGCCGCAGUUCCUCUUCAAAAGGAAGAGUGCUCAUGGACAUUUGAAUCUCUGCCCUUUCCAAAGGCUAUGGCAUCAGGUUCUCAAAUAAGCUCGUAAUUUUUCCUGUUAUUUUAAUAAUAUGGAAAUAGUAGCAUAGUGUUUCUUUUGAUAGUGAUAGACUAUAAUCCAUAUUUAAAUUUUAUAGAGAAGAAAUUUUAUUGUACUGUGAUGUAGAUAUUUAUUAUCCAGGUAAGGAUUUGCCCGGUGUGUAUUUUUUACAAUUGAAACGUUUUACUUUAAUCUUAAAAAAAAAAAAAUACAUUAAAAAGAUGCGCAAAAAAAAAAAGGACUAGGGGGGAAAAAGGUUUGGCCUUAUCACAGAAUUUUUACUGUGCUGUAUAAAUGUUUGCAAAUGCAAAAAGUGUGCAUUUCCAGUGUGUGUCCACAUUAAUGAAUGCCGCCUUCAAAAGCAAUAUCGUGCAGGUAAACGCUGUUUGUGGCUUUCUGUUGCACAGUUCAAACUGACCCACCUUAUGCACAAGACAAUCAAACAGAAAUCUGUCCUCCUCAGGAUUCAGAUAAUACUCAAGUAAAUUACGGAGCACAAUGUAAGACAAAGGAAGACUUUUUAAUUACACAUGUACCGUUGAGACAGAAGAUAUCAGGGCAUGAAUAAGCUGGCAUUGCCCCAUUUUUCUUUGGGUUUUCCCAAUUAACACACAUUUUCAUUCAAUUAUAGAGCCAAAUUGGAUCUCUAUGCUUUUUUCAGAGAAAACGCUUCUCCCCCCCACACACACACCCAUCAUGUUUUCAUGCCCUGAGAAUCAGAAAAAUGCUACAGAAUAGGAAGAGAUUGACUGUCAUCGGAAGAUCUAUGUGUUGCAAACAGUGUUAAGUGAUAUUGCUAGAUUGGUAAUAUUUUUUUCAGCCUAAAACUCUGUUGAAAUCUGUGAUCAAAAUGUUUUAAACUAUCCAAAAAGAAAAUUUGUAUAUUUGGGAAAAAUGGAUUUUUACAUAGCUUUUGUAUGCAGAUAUUAAAUUGUAAUUAUGAAUAUAGUGGGCAUAGAUAAAGUCAUAAGCUUCAAUUCUAAAAAAGAAAAAAAAAAGCUUAUAAUGGA